GCGACAUCCUCCAGUCGGUUUCCGUUAGAUUUGGGAAGGAGAUGGUCAGAGUUUGUGUUUUAUAGAUGAACCGUCCACUGUGACCGUGAUGGACGAGAGUCGACAAAACAAGACCGAGGACUGUUAGAAUAAUGCUUCAGCUGGCUUAACGUGCUUUAUAAUGGCCAUCAGGGAACUGAAAGUUUGUCUGCUCGGGGACACAGGUGUGGGGAAAUCAAGCAUUGUGUGUCGAUUCGUUCAAGAUCACUUUGACCACAACAUCAGUCCAACGAUAGGUGCAUCUUUUUUAACUAAGACCGUCUCCUGUGGAAAUGAACUUCACAAAUUUCUGAUCUGGGACACCGCAGGGCAGGAACGGUUUCAUUCGUUGGCUCCAAUGUAUUACAGGGGCUCUGCAGCGGCCGUCAUUGUUUAUGACAUCACAAAACUCGAUUCGUUCCAGAUGUUGAAGAAGUGGGUGAAGGAGCUGAAGGAACACGGGCCGGAGGAUAUAGUCGUGGCCAUAGCAGGAAAUAAAACCGAUCUAGGUGAUAUCAGGGAAGUUCCGACUAAAGAGGCGAAAGAUUUCGCAGAGUCCAUUGCAGCCAUAUUUAUGGAGACCAGUGCCAGAAAUGCAGUGAACAUAGAGGAGUUGUUUCAGAAAAUCAGUCGACAGAUCCCUCCGCUGGAGAACACAGACGCUGACAGCCACGACUCCUUUAAACUGACACAACAGCCUCCUCCCUCCAGACGCUGCUGUUAGACAUCCAUCCAGUCACUACAACAUGAUCUCCUGUGGUAUUUGACCCAUGUGAUGCAUAGAUUAAGAUCAUGAUACACACAAAUCAAUUUGUUUUAAUAUAGGAGUCUGUUAACCAGAUGUGGAUAUGGUCACAUGACUGACAGACUUACAUAUUACAGUAGGAAACUCAUGUUUUCUGUAUAUUGCAUUGAUGCUGAGCAAAUGUGAGAGAUCACAUCUUGGAAUAAUUUUCAUAUCAAGUCUUUUUAAUUAAAUGCAGUAUUGUGACAUAGAAAUAUUCAUAGUUAGCACAAUGUUUACACAAUAAGUGCCUUGGAAAUGGCAUUUUUAUGUCUGACAUUGCCGUUUUGACACAUAAAAACAAUAUACUAAUAUGGUAUUUCUAAUCUGGCUUUAUGCGACCACUUACAGUGACAUAGGAACUGAAGAAUGAAGUACAGCUGGAUAAAACAAAAACUGUGUACGUCUUCAUUUCAGGCUGCAAAAGAACAACAUGUGAUUAUUUUAUAGGGAUGUGGUUAUUUUCUAUACCAACUGUAGAUGAAAGAUAGAGAUUUGCAAAUGUGUUGGACACACUUUGUAUUACAGUGUUCAUUGUAUUACGCAUUUUCAUACCACUACUGCUUAAUACCAAUAAACCGCGUGUUUUAAUGUCAUUUUUGUAAAACUGUGUAUAAUUGCACAUAGUUAUUGUUUUCUAGUAAUUAAUUAUAUGGACACUGUAAAAUAAAGUGUUGCCAAUUUAUUCAUCCUAAAAAUAAAUAAGGGUUAUAAUUACGGUUAUUAGUUAAUUCUAGAAUAUUUACCUUUUUAAAUGAAAAUAUGAGGGAUUCAACCACCAGGGGGCACAGUCGGCUUUAAAGUGAACACAAGUUUUGUCAGUUCUUCUCCAAACCUCUGCUUACCUGUUGAAAAGUCUCAACUGUUCUUUUUUUUUCUUUCACUUAAUGUCUUAGCUUUGGGGAUUUUCAAUUGAUUUUGUAACUGAGAAAAUUCUGUACAUCUUUUAUCUGUACACUUGUCAUCUGAUCACUAAAUUUGUAGGAAAACAAACCAUUACUAAGUUAAUUUCCCCCAAAAGUUUAAACACUGUGAUUCUGUGGCACUUGUUGAGGCAUUUGUUCAUGUUUGCUUAUUUUCUCUCAGCCGAGUGGUGUGAGUUUGGGACAGGUAUCAGUUCGGCUGACCUGUCGUACACAGGGAUCGUGCCGAUGGUUGAGUCAUAAUUUUUGCAAUUCCAUUUGGUGACACUAGUGCUUCAGAAAUUACACACUUCACCUUUGAGGCUAAAAGCAUAAAAGCUGGUUAAUUGUGAGCUCUUACAUAACCAGCCUAUCUUGGUGUGGUCAUCAGUGGAUUGAUCGCCUGUCCUGUAUAGUAGUUUUUCAAUUUUGUAAUCAGAAAUAUUUUAUCUGUCAGUCACAUCUGGCAAAAUCACACAUACAUUGGAUGCAGUGCUGGUUCUCCUAACAGUUUAGGGUUUGUUUGUUUGUUUGUGUAAAUCACCACAGUCAUUACGGAUAAAGCACCACAUCCAAUUUAACAUUUAAUUUGAGUAUAUCAAUGUAAUUAUAGCUCUUUCCUUAGUUAAAAAGUCUAAAAGUUAGUGUGAAAUCACGUAGAUGCCUUAACUUAGCAAAUUCAGGUUGAAUUGUAACAGGGCCAAAUGAGAUCUGGUGACAAUGUUGUGAUGUCAUUUUCAAUGAAACAUUUUGUAAAAAACUUUAUAUUUGUAUUUUUAAACCUACCUUUUGUUAGUUAACUUAAUGUUUCGCUUAUGUAAUGUUGUGACAAUGGUAUCAAACACAUUUUGUACCAGAAGUCAUCAAUAAACUACAAAAGCAGUAUGCUAAUGUUUCCAUAAAA